AUGAACUUGAGCGGGCUCUCGUAUCUCCAGUUUCUCUUGGUCGACGCCUUCGUCACCCUCUAUCUGUUUUGGCGCAUCCAUGAGACUGGCUCAUGGUCUGCCAUCAACCCGCUCUCUGCGUCGCGCUCUGCUGCGCGCAUGCUCGCCUACUACUUUUGUCUAAUAGCAAUGGCGCUGUUCAUGGGACGCGACGGCAUCAUGGCCGCGCAGGAACUGCAGGACGUGGAAUCUGUGUCGCGCAUCGGUCUAUCUGGGCCAGCAGGCAUUCGCCAGGGCCUCCGGCUGUGGACAUUUGGCAUGGCCUUUCUGUUCCUGGCGCUCGGGCUAGUAAUGUUGAACUGGUCGUCGCACAGCGUGAAGCAGGUUCUCGGCGACAACUCGCCGCUCGGUGAUGUGCCUGGCAAGGCGCUGGCUGGUUUCGGUCUUGCCUCGUUUAUUUUCACUAUUGUGGCCCACUUUGUUGCCAACGCGCGCCUGGCCAUCUCGUGUUUCAUGCUUGUCUUCCUUGGAGCGAUGAUCUGGGUGCUGCUGCGCCGGCUACAGGUCGCCGCCACUGAUCGCCCACAGUACCGCCAGACACCGCUACUGAAUGUUAUCUAUCUGCUUGAAGUGCAGACACUCGACUAUAUGAAGCACUCUGGCAUUUUGCUGGCGCUCUCAAUGUUUGCCUUUGUCCUGAUGUUCAUGGCGUUCGACAUCAGCUACUUGACUCCUGGGCAGACUGUCCAACGGAGGCUAGCUGGUGGCAACACCACCACCGGCAUUGGCACCCUGAUAACCGCUGUCAUUGCCAUAAUUGUCACCAGCAUGCUCGAGAAGGUCGAGACGAUGGACUCGAAGAACCGCGCGACGUUCCUUGGCAACUCGCGACCAGCCACAGCCAAAAAAUCCAUUCGGCCUGGUCAGCAACUUUUCUCAAAGUCUCGCUCCCGCAUGCACAGCAACGUCAGCGAGGCCAAAGCGCCACUGGUGCAGUCGGCCGCAAUGGACCAGUCCGACGUCGACAGCACUGGCAACUAUCUCAAACACAUACCCUACAUCGAUCGCAUGACCCGCGAGAACUCGUUCUUUGGCCAGGGUCCGUGGUCUGCGCAGAUCGCGCAGUCAAACCACGAAUCAUCACAUACGAGCAGCGUCGUCAUCCCUGGCACUCCACAGCAGCUCGAGCAGCUGGUUCGCUCCAACACAGGCUCAAACAUUGUGUCUGCCGAGGCUCGCCAGGAUAUGAUGCGCCAGUCAGUGCUGAACAACUCAUCCGCCCUGUUCAGUGAGUCCGAGGCCAGCGGCUCACGCUACGGUUACCCGCAUCCCAACAACAGCAGCCUCGUUCAAUCUAGUGUAAAUGAGUCCGGAAUGGUCUAUCCACCGAGCGUCCUGCCCCCGAGUGCCAACCUUGUGCUCAAGAGCAUGUCGACCACAAACUCUGGCCACCCGAGCACAUAUGACAGCAACCCGUCAGUGCGCUCGAACCAGCUGCCGCCCACCAUAGGGCAGCGCCAGAUAUCAGCGCAAAACGGGCAGCUGCCGAUGUUCCCGUACUCGUCUGCUGCUGCCGCGUACACGAACGAUGGGUUCAGCAUCACGGCUCACCGCGACAGCAAUCCACACCUGCCCAGUGACUCAGAGCAGACUGUCAUCACUACAGCCGUGCUGAGGCCGCCUUUAUCCAAGAGGGACUCGCAGCUCUCUGAUCGGGUGUCAUCGUUUGCUCCCGAGACCUACCAGUACGAUCCGAUAACUGCUGGAGAGGGUGCACAUAGCAGCGAGACUACCAAUCCCUUCAGCACUCUCCCUCGCCCGGAGAGCAAGAGCAGCGAGCGGCCAGCAUCUGGCCAGAUUAGCACCGCUGCCGCCCUGUCAUUGACGAGUAUUAGCACGGCGGUUGUGAGCGACAUGUCCGUAGCGAACCCCUCGCCGUCGCCGCCGCUGAUCCCAAUCAAAUCGUCGCCGAGCAAGGGUCCUGUGCUCAUUCGCAAGGGCUCGAGAGCAUCUGCUCGCCGCAAGAACACGCUCGACCGCAGCGGCAGUUUUAAGCGUCACAACCGCAGCCACGGCGACAUGAAUGUGAUACUGACCAACAACACGCUGCUUGAAGCCGACGAUGAGCAUACCGGAUGUGCAUGGCGCUACGACUCUGACAAGCGCGACUCUUCUACUGUUGGCCGGAUGGGACCCGAUGGCCCGCCUCCACCCCCAAACGUCGACCAGGCGGACAGCACACGGUCGCUCUAUAUGCAAUCGCUGACAAGCAUGCAAAUGAACCGGAACUCGGAUCUAUUCUCUAGCAUCGGAUCUAUGCACACUGGCGCGACGUCGGAUGCCUUCUUCACGCCUGACUCUAGCAUGGCCCAGAUCAACAUCAUGGACGGUCCGUCAAUUGCGCGCAUCCUCUCAAACACCAGCCAGUACAGCACACUGAGUUCAGGACGAGCGCCGCCCAAUGCCAGGCUGCCCACCAUUGAUGAGCGUCCAUAUUCAGCGCCUUCGAAGCAGGCGGACGACAGCAAGGACAUUAUCCAUGGCGAGAUCAUCACAACGUCGCUGCGUAGGGCCGAGACCUUACGAAAGGCCGUUGCCACCGACGUGUCAGCCAUUGAUGUGAGCGGCACUUCUGGCUCCACAGCGCCUAGCGAGCCAGUCGGGUCAGUCGGGGAUCUGAUCUCUGCCAUGCCCGUACCAUCCGCUGUAACGAGCCCAACCACUACACAGGGCCGAGCUCUUUUGUGA